AUGGCGGCCUUAUCACCAGCCCUAAGCAACAACAGCACCGACACGCCCAAACCCACCAAUACCACCGCCGCCGCGAGCACUCCUCCCUCCACCAACGCUUCUAAGAAUCUCCGAGGCCUCAAUAAGCCCAAGUGCAUUCAGUGCGGCAACGUCGCCCGCUCCAGCUUCACAUUUGAAAUAGAAAAUUGGCCAUUCAAGUAUUUUGCUCCUAUUGAUGUUCCCUCAAAAAACCUUAUCAUUUUGAGAGCAAAGCAGCUGUUAUAUCUGGACUUGCUAAGCUUCUUAUUGGCUACUAAGAUCAGUGGGAACCCAUACGAGGAUGAAAGCCAACUUCUCAAUAUUGAAAGAAGUGAGACAGUAGAAAUCAGUGGAGGGUUUUGUUGUAUUCUUAGUAUUCAACUGGACUGGAGAGCUGUUGCUUUACUAAUGAAGAUUUUGAAGGGUAAUUCAACUUUUCCAGACAAGGCACCAUCUUCUAACUCUUCCCUAUUUCACCAGCAGUCAAUUGAAGUAUCUCCUUCUGGGAAUUCACUUAGAGUUGCUUCGCUUAGGCAACUUUCCAACAAUUUUGCCCAGUUCAAUAAUUUGCAAACCCCACUUCGUUCGAGAAAGCCCCUGACCAGAAAGGAUGCUGCAGUUAUAAAUGAAUGGAGGUUUUUAAAAUUGAAAGAAUUCAAGGAGAGCAACAUUGAAGUAGGAAAUAAAGCCUUUGACAGCUACAUGCAUAAUAUUAGCUUACUGGAGGAGGUGUUUUCCGUAAAUUCUACACUGGUCAUGCAUACUGAGGAUGGGUCCUCCACAGAAAAUGCCAACUCUAACGUGGAAGACAGAAAUAACAUGGGGAUUGAAGGGUUAAAGUUGAAGCUUAGAUCAAACCCAAUUAGAACUGAAAAUUUUAGAAAGAGGAUGCAAUACAUUAUUGAUCAGGGAUUACGGAAGGUUAGGAAAUUUGACUCAAGCGAUGGUGACAGUGGCCUCAACGAGCAAGACGAGCUUGUCAACAGGCCAAAAAAGAUUAAGUCUUGGAGGGCUGAGAGGGCCUCCGUCAUGAAUGAUCUUAUUGAUAAGCUGAACAAAGCACGUAACGAGGAAGAUUUGAAAGCUUGCUUGGAGAUGAAAUCCCAGCUCUACAAUCAGCAUACCAACACCAGCCAAGUGGAUUCUGAAGAUAUUGAGGCAUCAAAGCAGCAGAAUACUAGAACUGAUUUGUCAUCCAAACAACAAUCUGUUUAUUCUCCACAAAAAUGGUUUAGCACUAGCACUAUUAAUCAAGAUGUUCUCCACCAAAUUGAUGCACAAUUUUCUUCUCUUGAGGAGAUAGAAGAUCUAUAAUUUUGAUCUGGAUUUCCUUAGUUGGGAGUUUGUAUUUCAGUUACUAUAUGGACAGGACUAAAUGGUCUGGUAUUCUAACUUAGAUGGUUACCUUGAUAUUGUUACCAAACAGAUUAGUGUUGAUAUGGCAGAUUCAUUUAAUUGAUAUGUAGUUUUGAG